UCACGUCGCCCUGCUCAGCGGCACGGACGUGCUCGAUGUAUUGAGCAAGUCCCGUGCCGUCGGCAAGAGUGCAACGGCGGAUAGGAGGGUGCCGCACCGUCGGCACGGACGCGGUCCUUCAGCAAGAGCACCGUUGGGAUGCUCUCAAGUCUAGUAGUUUGCUUUAACAGUUGCUAUAUAUAUACACCCCCUCUUCACCUAAACUAUUCCCCUGUCUUCAUUUUUAAACUAUUCCCCUCUCUCAUUUUGUGAUCUCAUUCUUGAUCCUCACUCUCUUUCUCAAGACAAUUAAAAAAAAAGUUUAAUAAUGUUCUCAACUUCCACAGCCACUAGCGACUACUCCAAUUCAAUGGGCUUCAUCCGGCCCAUUGCAUUGGACAGCGCCGCCGCCGCCAAAUGGAAAUACACCACCACCGCCGCGGAAAUCGCCCCCAACUGCCCCCGCUGCGCCUCCGCCAACACCAAAUUCUGCUACUACAACAACUACAGCCUCUCCCAGCCCCGCUACUUCUGCAAGGCCUGCCGCCGCUACUGGACCAAAGGCGGCUCCCUCCGCAACGUCCCCGUCGGCGGCGGCUGCCGCAAAUCCCGCCGCGCCCGCGCCGCCGCCGCCAUCCGCCACCCCACCCCCUCUCCCUCUCCCUCCCCCGCAGGAGCCUGCAUUGACGUCGGCGGCGCUGGCGGAGACGAUUCGUCGUCGGAAAACGCUCAGGCGAGCGCGUUUGGGGAGGCUACGGCGGCGCUUGAGUAUGAGACGCCGCUGGAAUUGGUUGGAGGCGAUCAGAUGCAGCAGCAGGGGAUGCCGCAGAUGUCCAUGUGUCAGGAUGUGAGUGGCCAGCAGUUUUUGUUUGAGAUGGGGGAGGAUAUGUUGUGGGAGGAAGGUACAACUCUGCCGAGCUUUGCGUACCCAGCGGUGCAGGUUGAUGACUGUGGGGUGUUCGUACCGGAUAAUUGGAGUUCUUUUGAUCUCUCUGCGUAUGAAUUUUAAAUUUUAAUCCGCCCCUUGAUUUAUUAACUAUAUUAAUUUAAUUUCUAAUUAUUUUUCUUGAUUCUUGGAAGUUAACUGUCACAAUUCCGUGAAAGAGACUAUUGGCAAAAUAUGUUGAUGUCUAUAAACAUAUAAUAUCAUACUUUAUGAGAAAAUAAUGAAAUUUUGUCCUA